GGGCACAGGUGGGCGCACUGUUGGGCACAGGUGGGCGCACUGUUGGGCACAGGUGGGUGCAUUGCUGGGCACAGGUGGGUGCAUUGCUGGGCACAGGUGGGUGCAUUGCUGGGCACAGGUGGGCGCACUGCUGGGCACAGGUGGGCGCAUUGCUGGGCACAAGUGGGCGGAACUUGUGUGUGGCACAGGUGGGCACCGAUCAUCAGGGCACUGAUGAUCAGUGACCCUGAUGAUCGGUGCCGAUCCCUGUUCUGACAACUGCCGGUUUUCGGCAGUACUUUCCUCACGAUCUGACAGCGUGAGGAAAGUGCAGCCGAGAACCGGCAUUUGCAU